GUCAAAUUUUGGUACGCUCACUGCAUCUGAUGUAGGAACUAUCCUUGACGCAUCACAACCUUCAUCCUUCGGGAAAGGUGGUCAAACUAUCUAUGACACGAAUUAUCACAGAGAGCCUUAUGAACAAGAUUAAACGGUCCCUUCUUUCUACAUUGUUCGUCGGUAAAAGCAUAGAACUUGCCUUGUACAAGUUGGCACUGUACAAGAAAGGAGGAAAUUUUGACUGGCACCGUGAAAUUCGUUUCUGAGUUCCAUUUGUCCGGAUGCACAGACUAACUACAAAUCAAUAAGCGCUAUAUU